UUUCAAUUGUCCUGGAAGCAGACGGCAGGAAGGCAGCUCCCUGGUCAAUGUCAGAUAACCAGCUGUAUGGCGCAUCUGGAACCGUCCAUCUAACGUCGUUGGUAUCAAAACAGCAGGCUAUCAGUCAGCUAACCUCUGGGGUGUGGUUAUUCGAGAGCAUAACCGGUGCUUGAGAUUCUUUACAGAGCUGGCCUCGGUAGUGCUUUCACCAUUCGACCUAAUUCGCGGUGUAUCGUCUGCCCUAGAUUUCGCACUGCGUUUCUCGUGGACGCCUCAAUUUCAGCAUUCCCACUCUCUGGACUUGGCAUUCGCAGCACCUCACCGAGCAGUUAUUGCCGUGGGUUUUAUGAUAAGACCCAGGUGGAAGACAAGCUUCCAGAAUGGCCAAUAGAGGACCCAGCUAUGGUUUGACUAGAGAAGUUGAGCAAAAGAUUGAACGGAAGUAUGAUCCAGACUUGGAAGAACGAUUAGUGAACUGGAUCAUUGCACAGUGUGGUGGGAAUAUAAGUCGUCCAGAUCCAGGAAAAACCCACUUUCAGAAGUGGCUACUGGAUGGUGUGUUAUUAUGUAGGGUUAUAAAUGGACUUUAUCCAAAAGGCCAGGAGCCAAUUAAAAAAGUCCAAGAAACCCCAAUGGCCUUCAAACAGAUGGAACAAAUCUCUCAGUUUCUGAAGGCUGCUGAAGAUUAUGGUGUUGCAACAAUGGAUAUCUUCCAGACUGUAGACCUGUGGGAAGGAAAGGAUUUGGCUGCAGUGCAAAGAACACUAAUGGCUUUGGGUAGUGUAGCAGUAACCAAAGAUGAUGGAUUUUAUCAAGGAGAUCCCAACUGGUUCCAUAGGAAAGCUCAGGGCAACAAGCGUGAAUUUUCUGAAGAGCAACUUCGAAAAGGGCAAAGUGUUAUUGGCCUACAGAUGGGAAGUAACAAGGGAGCCUCUCAGUCUGGUAUGACUGGCUAUGGUAUGCACCGACAGAUCAUGUAGCACACCGUCCUUUGGCAAGAAACGAAAAUCCAAUAGACUGGGGACUCUAAUCUUAAACUACCAUAUUCUAAAUUGCUGUCAAAAAAGGUUGUUUGCUUUAACUUGCAGUUUAUGGAUUGUUAUUGCAACGAGUGGCUAUGCUGCACCACAUUAACAAUGUAAAGUUUUUGUGUUUUCAAAAUAUCAUCUCCCCUCCCCCACCCCACCAACCUAACAAUUGACAA